AUGGAAGAAAAACGACGCAAGUACUCGAUCAGCAGUGAUAACUCAGACACCACUGACAGUCACACCACGUCUGCUUCCAGAUGCUCCAAAAUUCCAAAUACCAAAUCCACCUGGUCACGGCAGAAGGAGAAGAAGCCCUCUGAGGUUUUCCGUACAGAUCUGAUAACAGCCAUGAAGAUCCCUGACUCCUUCCAGCUGAGCCCCGAUGACUACUACGUCCUGGCUGAUCCCUGGAGGCAGGAGUGGGAGAAGGGUGUCCAGGUGCCAGCAAGUGCUGAGGCCAUCCCUGAGCCUGUGGUCAGGAUCAUACCCCAGCUGGAAAACUCACCUUCACAGGUUUCACCAAGUAGCCUGCCUGGCUCUGAGAUUUCGGAGGCUACAAAGACUUACUUGCAAGGAAUGAGCCGCUAUGACCUGGAUGAGCUCGAUGCUUACUGGUUGGAACUUGUUAAUAUGGAGCUCAAGGAGAUGGAAAAGCCCGAGCUGGACGAGAUCACCCUGGAGCGAGUGCUGGAGGAGCUGGAGACCAUGUGCUACGAGAACAUGAACAUGGCCAUCGAGACGGAGGAGGGCUUGGGCAUCGAGUACGACGAGGACGUGGUGUGCGACGUCUGCCGCUCGCCCGAGGGGGAGGACGGCAACGAGAUGGUCUUUUGUGACAAGUGCAACGUCUGCGUGCACCAGGCAUGCUAUGGCAUCCUGAAGGUGCCCAUCGGGAGCUGGCUGUGCCGGACCUGCGCCCUCGGCGUCCAGCCCAAGUGUCUGCUGUGCCCCAAGAGGGGGGGAGCGCUGAAGCCCACCCGGAGCGGGACGAAAUGGGUCCACGUUAGCUGUGCCUUAUGGAUACCUGAAGUUAGCAUUGGAUGUCCUGAAAAAAUGGAACCCAUUACGAAGAUCUCACAUAUCCCAGCAAGCAGAUGGGCUUUGUCCUGCAGCCUCUGCAAGGAGUGCACUGGGACAUGUAUUCAGUGCUCCAUGCCUGCCUGUGUCACCGCGUUCCACGUCACCUGCGCCUUUGACCACAACCUGGACAUGCGGACUAUUCUAGCAGACAACGACGAAGUGAAGUUCAAGUCCUUCUGCCUUGAGCACAGCACUGGUGCCACCAAGUUGCCCGAGGAGGCACGGACAGAGCCCGACCAAGCCCAGCUGGACUUGGAGAAGGUGACGCUGCGGAAGCAGAAGCUCCAGCAGCUGGAGGAGGACUUCUAUGAACUCGUGAAGCCUUCAGAGGUGGCGGAGAACCUUGACUUGAGCGAAUCGCUCGUGGAUUUUGUCUACCAGUACUGGAAGCUGAAGAGGAAAGCAAAUUCCAACAAACCGCUGCUGACACCAAAAACAGAUGAAGUGGACAACUUGGCCCAGCAAGAACAGGAUGUUCUCUACCGGCGCUUGAAGCUCUUCAUGCACCUCAGACAAGACCUGGAGAGGGUCAGAAAUCUCUGUUACAUGGUGACGAGACGGGAGAAAAUGAAACACACCAUUUGUAAGCUCCAGGAGCAGAUCUUCCAUCUCCAGAUGAAGCUCAUCGAGAAAGAUCUUUACCCAGAACAAACUGGGAAGAAGACAAAGGGUAAGAAAAGUGACCCAAGAAGGAGAGGAAGAGAUGGUAGAAAAAAUAGUCCCGAGAAGAAAGAGAAAAGGAAAUCAGUCAACGAAACUGUAUUGGGACAACUGGGCUUGUCAACCUCCUUCCCCAUUGACGGGACCUUCUUCAACAGCUGGUUGGCACAAUCAGUCCAGAUCACCGCCGAGAACAUGGCGAUGAGCGAGUGGUCCCUCAACAACGCCCACCACGAGGACAGCACCCCCGGCCUCUCCGAGGAGCUCCUCCAGGAUGAGGAGACCUUGCUGAGCUUCAUGAUGGACCAUUCCCUCAGGUCCCCGUUUAAGCAGAGCGAGGCCUCCAAGAAAAUGAGAAGCAAAACGAGAACGAACACUAGGAAAAAGCUGCCCAGGAGCAGCCCCCCCACCACAGGCGGGAGCCACCCGGAGAGCUCGGAGCCUUGGACUAACAACGGCAGCGACUUGUCAGAUGAUGGAGCUAACAAAAGGGUGCAGAGAGGGAUGUCUAUGUUGGUUAGACAUCAAAGUAGGAGAAAAUUAGUAUUUGAGUUGAGCUGGGCGCUUCCCCCCAAGGCGGAGGGCGCCGGCGGGGCUGCCCUGCGUCGCUUCGAGGCCGAGACGGACGGGUACUUCUCUGACGCCGAGAUGAGCGACUCGGACGGGGAGCCCCGCCGGGCGCAGCGGGGCCAGCUGGAGGCGGCCGGCGAGGACAUCGUCAGGAUGAGCAUCCUGGCCUCCUAA